GCUGCGAGUGUUCAUACAUCAUGAACGGCGUUCUCUUAUCCCUCUUAUUGUUGCUUUUUCUGACUAGACAGUCCGAAUGUGGAUGUUACAAAAAUUGGAGCCGCUGUACACCACAAACAAAGUUUGCCACGGGUAAAUUGUGGAAAACAUGUGCUGAAUACUGCCAGAAAUGUAAGGGAAGAUCAAGUGGGAAAUGCGUCCCAGUUAAAAACAAAGUAUGCAGCGGUGGAUACCAAUGCCAAUGCACUGGAGGAGCUCGCUCUAAAUCAAAGAAUUUUCUUGACGUCAUUACCUGCAAGCUUGGACUAUAGCUUCGAAAGUAUGAUAAGUCCACAAUGCUGUAAUUCACUUGAGACAUAAUUAUGGUUUGUCGUAAUGAAAGGACAUUCUGCGAACCAAUGAUAUAAAAACAGG